CCAGGUGCGGAUGUCUACUGGACCUCUCAUGGCUGGGGAAAGCGGGGUACAUUGCUUAGUCAUUCCCUGGAGAUAUCAACUUCGACAUCUAAGGUAUGAGAAGAUAGAUACCCAAACCACCAAUCUGCACAUGAACCGGGCCGCAAUCGCAGCAUCCCAUGUAGCUGAAUCGGCGAAAAUGUGCAGAGCAUGGCUGGAGCAUCUGCAAGCCCUGGCGAUUCGCAGUCGCCAUCACAAUCAUCUGGACGUCGCGUGAAGCACUCUCGACAUGGAUGCGUUUCCUGCAAGGAGAGACGACUUCGUUGCUCAGAAGAGCGACCUGUCUGCUCACGGUGCCUCGAUGAUGGUCGAUCUUGCGAAUACGUCUUGCGAUUGAUUUGGGAGGACGAAAGUUCUCGGAGAGGGGUCAAGCAUGGGAGAGGAAAGAAUGCUGAGAUUUCUUUCGUGGAUCCAACGCCUUCAAAGGACGUGGCUGAAAAGGCACAAUGGCGUCCACGUCGAAAUGGUAGGAGCUACUUCUUGAACACGAUCCCAGAAGAUAUGGAUGCUGCACAAUCUAUGGCUGUGAUGCGGUUUGAUGGUAGAUAUAAGAGCAUGCCGAGACUGCAUGUCCCGCAGACGUUGGGACUUUCGAAUGUUGAUCGAAUUCUCUUUCAGUAUUACCAAGUUCAGGUCUGCAGAAAUCUUACCCUUGUCGACGACUCUUCAAAUUGCUACCGCCAGAUCAUAUUGCCCUUGUCCAUAUCCUACGAAUGUGUCAAGAGAUCUAUCCUGGCUAUUGGAGCCUUGUACCUGAGCCUCAAUCAACCCUCUGUGUUAGUCGAUUAUUAUUCUCUUGCCUUGCAUCAGAAGCAGAGGACUUUACAUCAGUUGCGCUACGAUAUUGCAUCUUUGAACGGAGCAUCUAGCAACCAUGUUCUUGUAGCCAUGCUUAUGCUGUGCCUUUUUGAUAUAACGGACGACUGCCAGACAUCUUGGUCGACGCAUGUCUCUGCCGCUGCCGACUUGAUCGGGACGGAGGACACACAGUCACUAGAGCCUUCUCUAGUCUCAUUCGUCUCGAAAUUCUUUGCUACUCGAGAUGUCAUGGGUCGAAGUGCUUGUGGGGCAAGGUCGAAAUUCAGAAAGAUUGCUUGGAACAAUCCUCAAGAGAUCGAUAAAUCUGCUGGAUGUUCGUCUGAACUCCUAGGGAUCAUCUCCUCAAUCACGGACAUCUCACGGCAGAUGGCCGAAAAUAUGGAGAACGAUAGCCCCCACUUGGUGAGACAGGUGAUUACUAUCGAAAGUCAACUUGAUGAGCUCAUUCAACUUCUCCCAACAGACUCUGCUCUCAACUCCGAGCAAGAAGCUUUUCUCGUCCAGACAUCUGCCCUUGUCCAUAAUGCCGCCAAACUCUAUUUCUAUACUGCACUUCACUCGGCUUUACCAUCGACGCUCAUUGUCCGACGUCUGAUCGCCGAUCAAGUCCUAGUGAUAACGGGAAUACCCAUCCUGCGAUCGGCACAUCUCUGGAGUGUAUUCGUCACAGCUCUGUAUGCUUUCAAUGACGAAGAGCGGAUUUUUUUCCUCGAGCAAUUCGACAAGUUGGAAGAGGUGUCGGCCACGAGGAGCUCCACGCAAGCAGCACGAUCUAUUGUUCAGACGGUGUGGAAGAAGAGAGAUUUGGACGUAGAUGGUGAACAAGUCACGGAGUCUGGAGUAAGUGAUUGGGUGAGAUUUGUGAGGCCAAUGAGCGAGGGAUUGAGUUUAGCAUGAAAUAUAGGACUUUAGUGAUCUGGUUGAAAACGGCGAUAGCGAGCUUGCUCUCUUCUUACUAGAUGUUUCCUUCUCGUACUUUGUGCUGCCACAGAAUUUGAUUUGGAUGCUGAUAUCACAAAGGGAUGGUGUCAAUAAAAUGUGUAGCAGAACAACCGGUUCCAAUGGUAUCAA